AGAAGAAUAGGAACGAAAAGGAAAAAGAGGGGAUUGUUUCACUGUUGCAAUUUAGUGGUGCGACGAUUAAAUAAGCACUGAAAACAAAGGAAGCAACCAGAAAGAAAAUGAUGAUCGCACAGGUUCAUAGAUCAUUGAGUACAUAUAUUUCUGAAUAAAACAAUUAGAAUGGAGAAGGAGGCUGAUUUAUUCUACCGACAGCUGCCAAAAGUGGAGCUUCAUGCCCAUCUCAAUGGCUCUGUCAGCUUAUCAACCAUCGAGAAACUCGUGGCUCGAAAGCCACAUCUCAACAUCGAACACGGCAUGACUGCUAUUCGCAGUGGUCAGCGGAGGACACUGGAUGAGUGUUUCCAGGUCUUCAAAGUCAUCCAUCAGUUAGUAGAUACAGAGGAGGACAUUCUUAUGGUUGCCAAAGAUGUCAUCAGGGAGUUCGCAGCUGAUGGAGUAAAAUAUCUAGAACUGAGAAGUACCCCACGAAAGGAGAAGACCACAGGAAUGACAAAGAGAAGGUAUGUGGAAACCGUCAUCGAGGCCAUCCGUCAAUGCAAAAAUGAGGGAGUUGACAUUGAAGUCAGGUUCCUGGUAGCUGUUGACCGUAGGAAUGGGGCUGAGGUUGCUAUGGAGACCGUUAAACUGGCAGAGGACUUCAUGCUGUCUACCGAUGGUCUGGUGGUGGGGCUGGACCUCAGUGGAGAUCCUACGGUGGGCCAUGGCAGAGAUCUCCUUCCCGCCUUGCAAAAAGCCAAGAACUGUGGACUAAAACUCUCUCUACACCUGUCAGAGGUGCCAUCUCAGGCAGACGAAUCAGAGCUGCUGCUAAACAUUCCACCUGACCGGAUUGGUCAUGGGACUUUCUUACACCCUGAAGUGGGCGGGUCACAAAGCCUGGUUGAUAAAGUGCGGAAGCAUAACACACCUCUGGAACUAUGCCUAACCUCUAAUGUCAAGGGUCAGACAGUGUCAUCCUAUUCUCAACAUCACUUCCUGUACUGGUACCAAAUGGGACACCCUAGUGUGAUCUGUACAGACGACAAGGGGGUGUUCUGCACGGACUUGUCCAAGGAGUACCAGUUGGCAGCCUCUACCUUCAACCUCAGUCAGGAGGACAUGUGGACUCUGUCCCAGAAGGCGAUAGACUGCACCUUCGCCCCAGACCUAAAGCAGCAGCUACACCAGAAGUGGCUGGAGCUACGGCCAACCCUGUUCCAGUUAUGACAGACAGAAAGCGCUGCUUGACAUCUAUGGGUUCAGAAUCACCAAUCUUGACCAUUUGAGCAGUUAUGAGAUGUAGAUUUUUUUCCCCUUCACACGUUCUUCUCAGAAUAGCUGAAGAAUGCAGGACCAUGAGUCACGUACAAAAGGGAGACAUUUUGUAUUAGUAAAGUAGUUUAUCGAUAAAACAUACAUCAAGCUGCUUUUACUUGUCUCCCAGUUAGUAUAAAAGGUCUCAUGUGGGCUACUUUACUUUCCAUGCGAAACUCAUUCUCCGCAAACCAAUACUAGAACAGACGGCAAGCGCGUUGUCCAUUCACAGAAGAUCGAGGCAAGGUGACGUAUCUGGGUCAUAUUAUACAAAAAGUUAAACGUAUGCUCAUCAUUCAAUGAAUCGUCUUUAAGUAUGUUGAUCCUUGCAGAUUCCAACUCAUCUGAAUGUAAGCAACUCCAUGUUGGUACUGGAUUAAAUGAGCCGGUUACAGUAGGUACAGGAAAAGGCAGGUGAUGAUAAAUUGGGCUAGGCGGUGGAACCAUAUCAAAUAAUUAUAUUUCUACGGGUGGAACUGUCACCACUGUAUGCGGUCUUCUAUCCUCAGGUGGUGGGUACAUAAAGUCUAAAAGAUUAUAAUUUUCAUUCUAUGGAUGGUACUCUGUCCCAUUCCAUCUAACCCUUGGGUACAGAGAAAGGUGACACUGCCAUUGGUCAAAGCACAGUCCUACUGCUGUAAAUUAAAUAAAUGAAAUAAUUAAACCCAUUUGAACAACAAACAAAUAAAAACCAUUAUGAAUUA